UAUCGAGAAUACACCUAACAGACAACACGGCAGGGAAUGGAUGGAUGGAUGGAUGUAUAAAUGACUUAACGUUAUACACUACAUUUAAUAUGACAGCAUGCGCGGGAUAUGGUACGUGGAGUGAGUGAGCGUGGUGUUAAAGGUGACAUUCCCAUGGCCAGAACCAGCGCGGACGGGCUGCUCUGCAAGAAAAACAGCAAACUGGACUCUUUCCUAAAGAGAAACACCAACCGGGAUGUGUACGAGCGGAUCCGGUUCUAUGAGCCGUGUGUGGUGGUCUCAGGGUCGGUGAAGAAGGUUUUCAUGCAUGUGAUCCUGACCGAUGAGCGCGUGUAUCUGAGCGAGUAUCCUCCUCGCGCGCUGCGAGAGGCGUUCAGCUUCAGACACGUCUCGAGGAUGGAGCUGAUCAACGAUUUGCCUGAUUUCCUCAGUGGAGAGGAGCGUGAGCGUUCACUGCAUAUUCGUGUUGUUCAUACUGUAAAGAAUACUGGGAAAAAGAGCAAAGGAUCCAGCAAGAAUAAGCCAGAAUGCCCACCAUCUCCAUUGCAAGGACGUAACUCGAGUGCCCGGCAUUCUCUGGAGGGAAUGAGUCAAGUUCUCCUGUCGACACGCUCAGCUCCGUCUGAGUCCUCCAGCUGGAGAAUCUCUCCCACAUCAAUGAGUGAUGGUGCACUGGAGGAAGAAGAGGGCAGCGCCGUUCCGAAAAGACGUUCAGCUUCCUGUCCAAACCCGGAUGUAUUGGGUCUGAGUGUGUUUAAUACCUCCUCCAGUGCAGCUCCUCUCCCCAGCAUCACUAAUGACCAGCGAAGGACCUCUACUCAACACUCUGUAGCCUUCCAUCACAGAGGUUCAGUCCUGACAAGAGUGAUGAGGAGAACAAUAACAGAGAAGCAGGAGGAAGAGGAAGAUGAGAGAGAGGAAGAGUUGCACCUUUAUGCUGUAUCUCCAUCGUCCCGAAUAUUCCCUCGCCUACAGAGCUCCUGGAGCAGCUAUAUCAUAAGAUCCACUUUUAUGCUGGACCCAGUGUACAGGAGGAGAUGUGGCAUAUCCUCCUCUUCUCCUCAGAAACAGAAAUAUCACAAGAUCAGCUGGGAGCGGACGUGUCACUUGUUCGGUCAGUUGAGUGGAGAGCUGUUACAGGAGAACAUCGGUCUGGAGAGUCAGUAUUUACUACUGCAGGAGCUGCACACGGCCACAUACCGCAACCCCACCAUCAAAAAACUCUUCUGGAGGUCACCUGAUCUUUAUCCUUUCCUGGUGAAAACUCUGGCUGAAAGCUCUCAGGGUGAUCAGGGAGGAGUUCACACAGCUGACAGACUUCUGCUUUGCACUUUAGUGGUUCAGAUAUUAAGCCUGAUGUUCAGGGAAACAGAGAUUGAACCGACGAGACUCAGCAUGUUGAUGGCCAAACAAGGGGCUCUUACAGCGGACAUGCUGCAAGCUUUAGUGUGUGACCUGGAUCUUCAGCUGCCAGACUCUACGAAGGACUCCAAAUCUUCAAUAACUAAGAUGCAGCAUCUGCAGGCGGACUAUCUGGAUGCGGCGUCUGCGUUGCUGUUUGAGGUUGUUGUCCUCUGUCAGGAGGCUAGUCGCACACCUUCUCUAGGACAUUUCCUUACCAUUGGCUGGGUGUUUCGAUUGCUUAAACCUCAUCCAUUCUUACUCCCGUUUGUUGGAUAUCAGGCCCAGCAGGUGGUUCUGGUCCUCUCAGGCCCGCAGUUUCCGGUCAGCCCGUCUCAGGCGGUUCUUCUGUACCAGCGAAUCCAUGUUCUGUUAGCCUGUCUGCAGCACAGCACCUGUUUGAGCAAAUACAUCAGGACAGGAUUCAAGGAGGAGUUCAGGUACUACGUGAAGAUGUCAGGUCUGGAGGACAAACUGCCCCCUCACUACCCCAUCAGUCAGCCCGCCCAGAGCCUUCUUUCCCAGCUCCUCAGUCUGGUUCUCCAGAAACCCUGAGCUCUGCUGCUAAUGUGCAUCUGUCUCUCUCAGAUUGAAUUUCUUAUUUCUGCAUUGUAAAAAACUAUGGACGCUUCUUUCCGCCACAUAAUAAAAAAUAAUAAUAAGGUAAUUGCAAUGUUUUAUCUCGCAAAUCUGACUUAAGUUUUUUUUAU